AUGUCUAGCUCAAACUUCAAGAACAAGCAGUAUCCAUCGCUUGUAAGAAAACGUACAUCCAGUGCUUAUGGAACGAAACCCGUUGACAAUAUUUACAAGAAAACUGAAAAAUCAUCAAGCACCGCAACUUCGCGUAAUUUUGAUCCAAAUAUCGUAUCAAACACUCCUAAACUGCAGACCAAACCACGUCAAACUAGUUUAAGUAAUUUAUUUUAUGGUACAACAGGUCAUAAGGCUACUACACCUGGAAAUCCAACGAGGAAAAGGUUGGACAGCUUGACUUCAAAAACGAUCAAGGUCAUAGAGCUUGACAAAGCUGAAGAUGACAAUGGAAUGAGGGACAGGCAUGAAGCGAAUCCAAAUGGAUCCGGCCACAAACUGUCAUCGGGCGACAAAGGCAGUGAGAUAAUGAAUCCCAAGCAUCAGCUGCUGCCAUAUCAAGGUUCCAAUGACUCUUCCCGAGAUGCCACAGAAGAGAUCUCUCAUACUACACGCGAAGAUGAUUUCUUCAACUGUCCAGAAUGGCACUAUAACAGGAAACCUAAUCGUAACUCCACAGAGACCAACUAUCAGGAAAAACUUGAAACGUCUUCGAGGAUUCGCGAAAGACUAGACAACUUGACCCAUCGAACAGACCGAUUACUUGAACUGAAAACAACAUACGCUUUCCGAGAAAAGGAACCAAAAAGAAGUUUGAUUUCGCCGGACUCGAAAUCAAAGGAUGCAUCCCUGAUCAAUUCUCACGAUUCACCUCUACCAAAUGCGAAGAAACCACAGUCUAAUCCACAUUCAGAGUCUUCAUCACCCACACUCAUUCCCGACACACUACCUUCGGUCUCACCAUCAUCAGCACCGUCUAUUUCUCUGGAGCCAGAAUUCGCAGGGGUGGAAGAUUGUGAUGGAAACAAAUUAAAUGUGAAAGAAUGCGACUUGAGAAUGUUUCCCAAAGUACGGCAUGUCUUAAAGUCCUUCCACUACCAUGGCCAAAAAGUCAAAAAGAGGAACCAUCGACGAAUAUACGAGAUAGCUGUUUCACUGGAUGGGACGUAUAUCUACAUUGGGUGGCGACAUCCAUCACUUGGCCUAGUGCCAGUCAACGGAUUUGUCAUAAACAUUGAUUCCCAAUUGAGAAAUUUCUCGUUCGCAAAUGAAUCUUUCAUAAUACAGUUGACACAAGGUCAGAGGUUUAUUAUAGCAUCACAUUAUGGAAGAGACGAUGAUAUCCGAAAGUACUUUACAAAACAUCCCAACCUGAAAGUGAAAGUUGGGGUGACCUUGACUGAAAUUGCGGAAAAGCGAAUAAUGGAGAGAGCUACUGACAGAUUAAACAGAGCAGUAGCUGAUCCAUUGGCCAGAGCCGUUUUUAAACAGCCGCGAAGAAGUUCACCCAGAAUUUCGAAACUGACAUAUGACUAUGACGGUGUAGAAUAUGUGGGAAGUUAUUCCAGUGAUAAUGAAGGGAUUGAUUUUUUUGACGACUCAGACUACAAUAAAUUUGAACUGAUUCCAGAUUUCAAACCAGAAUUGAGAUACAAAUUUAUUGAUGGAACAGAAAUUACUGUUAAUGAAAGUGACUUUAAGACUUUACAUCGUAAUUACUGGGUUAAUGACAUAAUCAUUGAUUUUGGAAUAAAAUAUAUUAUAGAAGAAGGAGUGAAAAAAGGGUUGGUAGAUGCCUCUGAAAUACACUCGUUCAACUCGUUCUUUUUCAAGAAGUUGACAUCUGGGACCAAGAGCGGAAGCACUCCUCAGUAUUAUAACAAUAUAAAAAGGUGGCUCUCGAAACUCGAUUUGAUGAAGUUUAAGUACCUCAUCAUCCCAGUAAAUACAGACCUGCAUUGGUAUUGCUGCAUUAUUAGAAAUCUUCCAGGGUUGUUAAAACUGGCACAAGAUCGAAAAGCUGCAGAAGAUGAACCUAUUGAUAUUGACGGAAUGGAACUGCAAACUAAACAGAGUAAUCAAAAUGCAGAAAUUUUUGUACUAGAUUCCUUGGGAAAUAAAAGGUAUAAUGUGAGUGCUCCCCUCAAGAGUUUCAUCAUUGAUUAUUGCAAGGAGAAAUAUGACGUGGAGAUCAAUCGAGAUCAAAUUCGUUUUCAAUCAACAAGAAUUCCCCGUCAAAACAAUUUCAACGAUUGUGGUGUUCAUGUUUUGUACAAUAUUAGAAAAUGGCUAAACAAUAUCACCGAAUGUGAAAUAUUUUUCAAAAAGCACCUGCAAAGCCAGGCCAAAACGAUUUUUCCAGCUGAAGAAAGAAGAAAAGAGAGAAAGUAUUGGUCUAAUAUACUACUUGAAUUACACAAGGCUCAAAAUCCGUCUCACAAAGACAAUUCCGAACCGGUUGGCGAUGAUGACGAUAAUGAUGAUGAUGAUAUCAUUGAAAUUAUGGAGGAAAGUACCGUUGGUGAAACAACCCGUCAACCCAAGGGGUCCGUGUCAAGAUUCAGUUCUAAACUUGAUGGUCAUGAUCCUGGUUCUUGUGAAUGGCGCAUUCCCUAUCAUUCCACAGCUAGUGAGAGUCUAGGUGAUCUAGGUGAUCUGGAAAUUGAAGAUGUCACCAAUGAUGAGGUUAUAAAAGUCGAUAAAUCGAAAAUAAAUCAUACUGUGGGUGUGAAUAAGGAACAGGAAGAAGUUAAGCGAAUGGAUCAAAAAAAGAAUGAUAGCAAUCAGCAUGACGAUGGUCCAAAAAGUCCAAUAGAGUUAGAGGAACAACCCGAACUUCUGCCUGGGGAACACCAAAUUGAGGUGGGAGAUACUCCAUCUUCCAAGGCAGAUCAAUUAAUAAAUAUGAUAGGUGAAAAGCAAGACCUAGGUGAUGUGGCCGCUAUUACCAUUGAAGACGAUCCCGCUGACAGAGCAUCCUCGGAGGGAGCGUUAACAUUGAAAAACCUCACCUUAAGGGAACAAUUCAAAGAUGCUCGACUAUAUCCCAGUCUAUGCCAAUUAUUGAAUGAUCAUUUUCACGACGAAAAUACUCCCAUCAAAGGUGUUAGAUGGAUUGUUGUCAAAAGGCUUGUUCAGAAGGCGAUAGACAAUCGCGCCAAUUGGAGAGAAUUGGAAAGUUUGCUUAAGCUGUAUGCCGACUACCCACCCAAAACUGUAAAAAGUUAUAGUGGGGAUGAUACAAAUGGAGUGCAUGAGAUAUCAGUAUCACCCAAGAAGAAGUUUUCUGAGGCUUCCCUCAAUAGCAAUAGAGAUGUUACCAAUAUGAUAGAAAACUUGAGACUAGCCAAUAAUCACUUUGGUAAUGCUGUUAAAGGGGAUAUUCCAGAAAAGGCGCCAUUUGUGUCUCCACAAGGGUUUAAUGAUCAAGAAUGGAAGCAAAAUAACAACCCAGCGCAGAGUUUGCAUAGCCGGAAAGAGCAUGGUGGGACCAUUACAGAGAAUUCCCAUGGUAGCAAGGGGGACGCAUUUUCAAGAAAUAUCUCUAUUGCUGACGCUUCCAAACAUGAUACAGCUUCCUUCAGGUAUGAGGGCUUUCGAAGCAGAGGCUUUCGUAAUGAUGGCUUUGGCAAAAGUGGCUUCGGAAGCAAGGGUUUUAAAGGAAGCGAAAGUGCUGAUUCUAACGACAAAAAGAAAGUAGCAAGAGACAUAGUGGAAACGGAUGGUUUGGACAUGGUUGCACAGUCAAAUCGAGUAUCCUUACAUUCGGAUGAUAGUAGUGUAAUACUUGAUUACCCUCGCAUCCCGUACAAGAAGAGAAAGCUAGAUUGA